AUGGGAAACAAACAGUCGAAGAAUGACGACUACCAAAAUUGCACAUGGGUGUCUUUCAUUGAUUCAAUUAAAGAAAUGAACAGAAAUUAUCGAAAUGUUUUGGUUGAUAAUGAUGAAUACUUGUGUUUUGCGUUGCGAAAAGUUGAUAUGAAUUUUGAAUAUAACGUGAACUGGAAGGAUAAAAUUAAAAUUAUUUGCUGCCGGGUUAAUUGCAAGACAAACAUGUUCUAUUCCGGAAGAACAUUGGAUCUCCGCGAAUUCUAUAACGCCUAUAAUCUGCACAAGGUGCUCAUGACGAAGAAAACGGUGACUGAUCCAACAACUACUAGUCAAUAUAUACUGGGUCAAUCAUCUGACAUUGAGGGAAACUGUGUCAUAUGUAUGGAUAUUCCGAAUCAGGUCCUUCUUCCAUGUCUUCACUCAUUUUGCUUGUCCUGUAUUGCGGCUGAAUUCGAAUAUCGUCAGAAACAUUUUUCGUGCCCAAUAUGUAAAACACCGAUUGAAAAUCCUAUUGAGUCUUCUUGGGAAGUUCCCGAUGCACCAACCGAUACAGAAGUGACUGAAUAUUUGAGAAAAAUUGCGCAAAGUUUAAAAUGA